AGGACUUGGCUGUCAAUAUAAAACCAGCGCAGCGAGCUUGCGCAUCAGUUUGUGACGAUAACGGACGCGUACACGCAAUAAUGAAACAAUUCGUGCUAUUGGCGGUUUUGGCUGUGGCCCACGCGCAGUUUCAAAAUGGACGAAUCCUUGAACCACCUGUGCCAUCGCAGUGUGUCCAGCGAACCAUUCACGAGAGAUAUGUGGACAACAAAGGAUAUUACUUCUCUUGGCGGGACCCAGCACAGCGCGGCACAGAAGUUGACUGGCUGACUGCUAGAAACUUCUGUAGACAGCGUUGCAUGGAUCUUGUGUCUUUGGAGACCAGCGACGAAAACGAAUGGGUUAAAGCACGCAUCGUACAGGAUAAGGUCAAAUACAUCUGGACUUCUGGGCGUGUAUGUGACUUUAAGGGUUGCAACCGUCCCGACCUGCUUCCCAAUGAUGUCAAUGGAUGGUUUUGGACUGCUGAACUCCAGAAACUGGCUCCGACAACCAACAGGCAGCAGAACGACUGGUCCGAGGGUGGCGGUAUUGGGAAACCACAACCUGACAACAGGGAAUUGAUCCAAGGAGGUGCGGCUGAGCAUUGCAUCGCUAUUCUAAACAACUUUUACAACGAUGGAGUCCACUGGCAUGACGUCGCCUGUCACCAUGUCAAACCAUUUGUUUGCGAAGAAAACGACGCAUUACUAAAAUACGUCCGAUACACGAACCCCAACUUACGAGUUUAAUAACGUAUACGUAUUUUAACACACCAUUUGCUAUGGGUUUGAUAAGUAUUAAAUAUAAUCUAUGUCAAAUUGCAUGACUAAUUCCAGCGCCCCCUAGCGCUUAGGCGUUGAACUUUCAAAUAUUUUGACGUAUUGACCAAGUAUUACUUGUCAAACCUAGUAAUUGGAGGGAAAGCCGUUAGUAUAUAACUGAAGAAUAAAACAUAUUGGUAUUCUUGAAAAUACAAUUAUGUAAAAAAUGAUGUAUGUAUUCAACAAAUAAGAAAAGAUGUUUCCAUAUGUACAUAUAUUUUCAGAAUUUAGGGCAUUCCUUCCCAUGGUGUUAAAUUUAAUAAUUUUAAAUCAAAGUAUGAACAUCACUUUUAUAUGUAAUUUUUUUCUCACCUCAAUAGUAUUAUAACGUCUAAGUACUUAAUUUAUUAUGCGUUAUUAAAUAAAAAUAUUUAAAA